AUGGAUGACAGUAAGGUGAUUGGAGGCAAAGUAAAGAAGCCUGGCAAACGUGGCCGGAAGCCAGCCAAAAUUGACUUGAAGGCAAAACUUGAGAGGAGCCGGCAGAGUGCAAGAGAAUGCCGGGCCAGAAAGAAACUGAGGUAUCAGUAUUUGGAAGAAUUGGUAUCCAGCCGGGAAAGAGCCAUAUGUGCCCUCAGAGAGGAACUGGAAAUGUAUAAGCAGUGGUGUAUGGCAAUGGACCAAGGAAAAAUCCCUUCUGAAAUAAAGGCCCUACUGACUGGAGAAGAGCAGAACAAGUCUCAGCAGAACUCAAGCAGGCACUUGAAGGUUGGAAAAACAGAGGCUAACACCAAUUCCUGGUGA